AUGAAUAUAGAUCUUAAAGUUGAAGCACCUGUUUUGGACAGAAAUAAUGUGAGACUCUUGUCUUAUAACCUAUUCCUUAGAGGUUUAGUAAAGAAUGUUAGGGAUGAUUGGAAGGAUGAACGCCUCAGAGCCUAUGUUUAGAUGGUUGAUGAUUUUGAUAUAAUCUGCAACUAAGAGGUUUUUGAUUUCUUUAAUAGAAGCAGGAAGGAGCAACUUAUUACUCACUGCUUAAAAGCAGGGUUUUUAUACUAUGCUUGCUCUCCAUCUGCUCCAUUAUUUUCUGAAUACUGUGUUAGUGGAGGGCUAAUAACAUUCAGCCGAUUUCCUAUUGUAGAAAGCGAUUUUAAGAGUUACAGAUAUGGUGUGCUCUCAGAUUAGAUUUCUUAUAAGGGGGUAUUGUAUUGCAAAAUAGAUGUAUAAGGAGCAAAGCUUCAUGUGUUUUAGACUCACACUUAAGCAAGUUACUUUGGGACUAGUGUGGAAGAUUUUAAAAUUACAUUUGAAUGUCGACUAGAGUAGUUAAGGAUGAUAAGAAGAUAUAUAGAGGAAAAAACCAAAAAUGCUCAUCCUCAUGAUCUUAUUAUUUUAUGUGGAGAUAUCAAUGUAAAUGGGAGUAAGACAAACAGAAAAGGUUAAUCUUACAGAGAACUUGUAAAAGAAAAAGUAAAUUUUUAUUUUUAUUUUUUAUUAUACCUUUAGCCUGAAUUCAAAUCAGCUUUAGAUGAGUAUGACAGAGAAUAUCAGUUGUUGAUUGAGAUCUUGAGUAACAAUUAGUAAGACUAGCUCACUGAUGUUAUGAGAGUUUCAAAUGAUGGGCACUCACCUGUGACCUUUGGAGAUAGUUAUUUAGAUGCUGAUGGCAAAGAGUAGCCAGUUGAUAGAGAACUUGUAAAGCACGAAGAUUAUUGCACACAUUAGUCUCUAGACUAUAUUUUUGAAAUUAAGAGAGCUUUUAAUGUAGAACUAGAGAAAAACUUAAUCGAAAGUGGACUUAGUAGUGCUGAAACAGUUGAGUAGAAAUAAAGCUAAGAAAAGGUUGGUAAAAAUGAAUAGAAAAGACUUUCUAUUGAUAUAAAGCAAUCAAGAGUAGAUAAAUUUAUGUUUGAUACUCAUUUUGCUGUUAAGCAAUGCAGUGAUCAUUAUGGAGUAUCUACCGUGCUACAGCUAGUUUGA